UAGACAUCGUACACAGAUCAGGCAGCUCGUGUCGAUGCAAGGAGAGACACUCUCCACCGGGCCGCGACCCCCCUCCUUCCCCUCCUCCUCCCUCCUCCUCCUCCCUCCCUUCUAGAUCAAACUCAGGGAGGUCGAUGACGACGGCGGGGAGGGACGGAAUGCUGAGGCCCAGGUGUGAUGUACCUCAAUGGCCGGAACGGGAACGGGGAGAGUCACGCUCGCCCGAUCACCCUCUCCCCUCCCAAGCCGCCGGUGACGAUAGAUCGGCGAAUGGAGAGGCUGAGAUCUGGCCCCCUCGCGAGGCGAGACUGGGAAACCGAGCCGUGUCACAUAUAUGCCAUUGGGCUGUGCAAUGGGGGUGGAGGAAUCGGGAGAUGCUACUAUCGGCGACUACAACACAUAUUUUCUGCCGUCGAGAACCGAUCGGAUCUCUAACCCGUAGAUCGACUUCUACUACGCAGCGGUCGCGGCCAGGCGGAGCAGAUCUCGUCUCGUCCUGUCUCGCCCAUGACGACAGCGACGAGAUCUCUUGGCGCGCUUCGCGUUUCCGAUUGUCUCCCCCCCCCCCCCUUUCCCCGCCUCCUGAGGGUUACCGACCUUCCCUUUCACAUCAUUUGUCCAGCCUCGAGGGGCCGUCGCUGGUGUUCCGGUCCCCAACUCGCAACACCUUGCCUCCAUCUCACACACGGUCCCUCUUCAUCGUCCCCUCCCCACCACACACACGUCCGCCUUAGCCGAGCCGGUGGUGCUGACCGUGGUUUUAAGCACAGCGAGGACAACAGUUUGCGACGAGCCUUGCGGUCUCCGGGGAUCGCGGCGUCGUUUUCGCGACCUCCCCUCCCUCCUCCCCGACUACAAUCUAUGCGCGGAGCUUCGUAACACCUCGGGGGCGGCAGAGCAGCUGACGAUGUGUAAGGUCGCGGCUUGCCCCUCUAGGAUAGGGUGGCAUGGCCACGGCCGGGGAGGUCGAAACAUGCAGUAUGUAGAUGAGGUAAUGUACCUAAGCUCGCGCUCCCCCCGGCGGAUCGGGUGCAGGCUAUAUCGGA